AUGAACAAAAUCAGCAACAGGCUGACCAUAACUGAAACACAACCUUUGUGUAACACAAGCAAUAACUAUGAAACAAGUACUACAGAUAGCGUCCGCACAGGGACGGGCGCCCAGCAUCUUCUGCGGACUAAGAAAAAAGGAUUUACCGUACGCCAGAGAAGCAGCACAGCCAGGCCACAGCCAACACUGCCAAGUGAUGCAGAUGGUGGAAAUGCAGGUUCUUCUUCUGCAAACCCCCCUCCACUAAGGCGCCCAUCACAGGGCUCGGUGAGUGUGCCUAGGAGGCCAACCAAGAGACGUCGUCUUGAGGCUGAGUCUGCUGCUCCAUCAUCACCACCCCAACGGUGCAUCUCCGCACUGUUGUCCCUGCCACCACAAGCAAUUUUAGUGAGUCCACAAAGCGAGGAUCCACAAUCACCUCAGCUGUCUGAACCACCCAUCAUGGUCGAGGACGCACAGCAGGAAAGUGACCAGCAGCCUACCUACACACUACACCUGCAGCCCAUCGAUCCUACCCAGCCAACCACGCAGCAGGACAUAACACAAAUACCCCAAACAUCCCAUAGCCUCCAAUUGAGGCCAACACCACCCCAGCAACAAAUGGCCCCUGAGUUUUGGAGCAGUUGGGCCACACAACAGGCACAACACUAUGCCUGCCUGAACACCCACACCCAAUACCUUGCCAGUCUGCCCCAUCAUCUUCCUCGCCUCAGUCGGAACUCAGGCAGACUGAUAGUUCAGGUUGGCAGAAUUGCCAAUUCAAUGGAGCAGAUGAGGGCAGACAACAGUCAAAUGCAAGCCAAUUUGCUCAGAAUCAUGGAUGAACAACAGCGGCAGCAACAAGCCCUCAUACAAAUUAUCCAACACAACCAACUGGUAAACGAAAACCUCUCCAGAAUUAUUGCCAGCAACACUGCCACAAAUACCCAACUGACUGCAAGCAUACACAACCUCAGCCAAAGCAUUAAUGUGUUGGCAUCCCAACAAAUCAGCUCAAGCUCCGGAACUACUACACCAAGCCAGACCCCAGUUACCUCCCCUGUUAGACGCACCAGCAGAACACGGGCCAACGAACCUGGUCAAUCCUCUGCACCCAGCACACACACAAAAAAAUAA